AUGCGAGAAUUUUUCGCUUAUAGAAUUCAGGAAAGAAAAGAUGAAGUUCCAACCAUUGUGUCUCCAGGAAAAUUAUUUCAGCAAUUUUUAGUUGAUGGUUAUACAAUGAUAGAAUCUUCUUGGUUGAAGUUUAUAAGGACUCAUCAAAAUCAUUUAAGAGUUGAUUCUUGUAAAGUCCUAGCAGAUGCUAUAUUGCAUGGUGAUAUUGAUCCUUCAUCCCAAGGUAAAAGGAUAAUUCUACCUCCAAGCUUUACAGGGGGUGCACGAUAUAUGGUUCAGAAUUAUCAAGAUGCUAUGGCAAUAUACAAAUGGGCUGGGUACCCUAAUCUUUUUAUCAUAUUUACUUGCAAUCCUAAGUGGCCAGAGAUUACCAGAUUUGUGGAGAGCAGGGGCUUGAAUCCUGAAGAUCGUCCAGACAUUUUAAAUAUUGAUCGAAUAAUUUUGGUAGAAAUACCAGAUGAGGUGGGUGAUUCUAAUUAUUGUAAUGCCGUAAAAAAUUUAAUGAUGCAUGGUCCAUGUGGUUCUGGUAGGAAAUAUUCUCCUUGCUUGCAGAAUGGUAGAUGUACAAAGCGCUUUCUUAAAAAGUUUGUUGACGCAACAACGGUUGAUGAAGAAGGGUAUCCUGUUUAUAGAAGAAGGGGUAAUGGUAGAAGAAUUAUGAAAAAUGGUAUUCAUUUGGAUGACAGGUAUGUGGUGCCACACAAUCGCUUCUUAUUAUUAAAAUAUGGCGCUCAUAUCAAUGUGGAAUGGUGCAAUCAAACAAGAUCCAUUAAAUACUUACUUAAGUACGUCAAUAAAGGUCAUGAUCGUGCAACUGCUGCUUUUUCUCAAAGUACUCAUGACAAUGGUUCCUCAACCAUUGAUGAAAUUAACAUGUAUUAUGAUUGUCGCUACAUAUCCCUAUAUGAAGCUGCUUGGAGAAUAUUUAAAUUCCCAAUUCAUCAUAAAGAACUGUCAGUAGAAAGACUAUCAUUCCAUCUUCCAAAUGAACAAAGUGUCAUUUUCUCUGAUGAUGAUCCAAUUGAUAAUGUUGCCAAUAGACCAAUUGUAAAGGAAUCUAUGUUUUUAGGAUGGUUUGAGGCAAACAAAAUUUAUUCGGAAGCAAGAGAUUUGACUUACGCAGAAUUUCCUCUUAAAUUUUGGUGGAACAAAAAAUUUAAAAAAUGGGAAAAGAGGAUAAAAUCUGCAUUUUCUAUUGGCAGGAUUUUCUUUGUUACUCCAGGGAGUGGAGAGAUAUAUUAUCUCAGAUUGUUGUUGAAUAUUAUCAAAGGUCCAACUUCAUAUGAAAAACUUAGAACCGAACUAUCUUACUUUUAG